AUGACAUCGAGGACACGGUGUUUUUUCGAUAUUCAAAUAGCUGGCAAUGAUGUUGGUCGCAUUGUAUUUGAACUUUACAAUGACGUAUGCCCGCGCACAUGUGAAAACUUUCGAUGUCUAUGCACAGGAGAAAAAGGUAGCGGAUUGACCUUAUACAAGAAAUUGUAUUAUAAAGGAUGUCAAUUCCAUCGUGUCGUGAAAGAUUUUAUGAUCCAAGCAGGAGAUUUUACUGAAGGCGACGGUACGGGUGGAGAAUCUAUCUAUGGUGGUACAUUUGCUGACGAAAAUUUUCAAAUAAAACAUGAUCGACCUUAUCUUCUCUCCAUGGCCAAUCGCGGUCCAGAUACGAAUGGAUCUCAAUUUUUCAUUACAACAGCUAAUGCAUCCUAUCUUGAUGGUAAACACGUGGUUUUUGGUCAAGUUGUUUCUGGUCAAUCUGUCGUUGAUGCUAUUGAAAACGUACCAGUCAAUUCCAGUAAUAGUCGUCCGUUGAAAGAUGUGGUUAUUUCUCACUGCGGUCAGCUUGUCCUCGUUUCAAAAAAUCGGAAAGAGAAGAAACGCAAAAUUUCUACAGGUGGUGAGAGCGAAAAUGGACAGGGGAGCGAGAGUGAUUCAUCGUCAUCAGAUGAUCAUAAAAAGAAAAAAAAAUCGAAACAUAAAAAGAAAGAAAAGCAUCGACGAAAGAAAGAAGCAAAACGUCUAGCGAAGCUUGCUACUGAAGCCCAAAAUCAACCUGAAGAAUCGGUUAAUGAUGAAGCCAAUGAAAAGACAAAUGAACUGUCUGGUCGAGAUAUUAUGGGUUUAAAGACUACUAUCGAUCCCGAUGAAAUACCUGAAAUACCAGCACACAAAUUUCUUCUUCGACCGACCUCAAAUGAUAAUAACGAAACUCGUACAAAUAAUUAUCGCCCGUCACAAAAAACAGAUUCAAGCGGACGACCCGUGAAAGGUCGUGGUUUUAUGAGAUACACUGGAAAGAGCCGCUCGAGAUCACGUACACCCCCACACUGGCGUCAUGCAGUUCAAGAUCGUAAACGUCUGGCUGAUACGAAUGAAUUUCGCAAACAAGAUUCGAAUAGUAAUGCAGACGACAGUCACAAACGGAAGCGUUCCGAUAACGAAGAUAGAAACAAUCGUGACCAUGAUCGUGACCGCGAUCGUGAUCGAAGAGAUGAUCGAUAUUCUCGUCGACACGAACGACGAAGAGAUGAUAAUCGUCCAACAGAAUCCACGUCACGUCACAAACGUCAACAUAGAUCUCGAAGUUCAGAUCGUCAACGGUCAGAUCAUACCAAACAGAAAGAAAAUGAUGCACCCAGUCCUGUUCAACGUAGCCCUUCACCAGUCAGAAAAAAUGACGAUCAUCAUCAAAAGAAAGAGUCACGCGGACAGCAUCGUCGACAUUCCCCAUCGCCAACAAAAUAUGAUCAACAUUCACGUCAACAAUCAUCAUCUCAUAAUGAUCACCGACAUCGCUCAAAAACACCGCCACAAGUUUCAACUACUCGAGCUCAUUCACAUUCGCGUUCGCCGGAUUCUGACAACAAAGAAUCUCGAUCACGUCAACCACCACCUGCUCGUGAUGAUAAUCAUCGUCGUCGUUCAAAAACGCCACCAUCCUCACCUAAAGCUGACCAACAACCAAUGAAAGACGACUCUCGCUCACGAACUCGUCGCUCAGAGACCCCACCACCAUCGUCGUCGCGUGUUCGUUCAGUUUCACCAGUAGUCGAGCAACAUGAAACUGAUGUUUCACGAGCACCUCCGCAGGACAAUGCAACAUCUGCUUCAGCAGCCUCGACAACUAAACGACGAAAACGUUGGGAGAAUGAAAGUGAUUUCAAUGAACGACAAUCGCUAGUACAAGCUGCACAGCAUACUAGUCUUGAAGAUGAAUUGCGCAUGAUUGCACAAUCCAGCGCUUUGGAUCUUCAAUCCAACGAUAAUCUCGCGAACGUUGCGCAACCGCCUAUCACCACCACCGUGCCUAGCAAAUCAAAAUGGGAUGAUGAAGAAGAACCAUCGUCCAAAGUCGGAGAUCAGUCAUCGUCCACUCUUCCAAAAAAACCUGACAUAUCAUCAACGACUAAUAAGCAAACGGACAAACCAUUAUCGGCGUCAUCAAGUCGUGAUCGAGACAGACGUGAACCUCAUUCAUCGCAAAACAACCGGGAUCGAGACAGACGUGAGCCUCAUUCAUCGCAAAACAACCGAGAUCGAGACAGACGUGAGCCUCACUCGUCGCAAAACAACCGGGACCGGGACAGACGUGAGCCUCAUUCACCGCAAAACAACCGUGAUCGAGAGCGAGAUCGAGACGCGUACAAUCGACAACCUAGUGGGAACCGACGAAAUUGCUCUCCCCCACCAUCAUCAUCAUCAUCUCGCGAUCGCAACAAAGGUCAUGAUCGUGAUUAUCAUCAUCGUACCGACGAGCGCGAACGAAAUGAUCGUCAUCGUCCUCGCGGUCGUUCAUCGCAUUCACGUACGCCUCCACAACAGAAAACAAAACGGCAAUCAUCGAGUUCCAGUUCAUCAUCAUCAUCAUCAUCAUCUUCGUCAUCAUCGUCGUCGUCAUCGCGGAGUUCAUCUGGCUCACCUCGUAAAAACGAUCGAAAGUCACCUGUGGAUCAAAGAAAAGCUAAAACUGUACCUAUUAAUUCUGUGUAA